AUGGAUUACUCUGCUCUUGCCAAGCGGGCAGACGCCUGCGAUUCCGGGAAUGAGUUCGAUGGCCGCAUGGGUCUGCGCAUCUCGUCUAUCUUCGUGAUCAUGGUUGGCUCAAUGUUCGGGGCUCUGUUCCCGGUCUUCGCCCGGCGUUUCAGCAAGGGGGGUGGAUUUCCCAAGUGGGCCUUCUUUGUGGCAAAGUAUUUUGGAUCCGGUGUCAUCAUUGCCACUGCUUUUAUCCAUCUUUUGGCUCCGGCCGAAGAGGCAUUGACCAACGAAUGUCUGACUGGACCCAUCACCGAGUACAGCUGGGUUGAGGGUAUCAUUCUUAUGACCAUUGUUGUCCUGUUCUUUGUGGAAUUAAUGGUUAUGAGAUUCUCUCAUUUCGGCCAAGGACAUGUGCACGAUGAGGAGGGUCACUCUCACACUCCCCUUGACGACAAUUCUAUUGUCAACGAGUCGAAUGAACCGAAGCACCUCAUGCCAGGAGAAGAUCACCUUGGACACUCCCGUGAGCAUCAUGACAACGACGACGCUGAAGACGACAAGCAAGCAAUUGAAGACUAUGCCGCUCAGCUUACUUCGAUCUUCAUCCUGGAGUUCGGCAUCAUCUUCCACUCUGUCUUCAUUGGUCUCACUCUGGCAGUAUCUGGGGCCGAGUUCACCACUCUUUACAUUGUCCUCGUAUUCCACCAAACAUUCGAAGGUCUAGGUCUUGGGUCCCGUCUGGCUACGGUCCCAUGGCCCAAGUCUAAGCGAAACACCCCAUACUUCCUGGGCUUCGCCUUUGGAAUCUCGACUCCCAUUGCUAUUGCCAUUGGCCUGGGUGUUCGCAACAGCUACCCGCCCACUGGACGAACCACACUGAUUGUCAACGGCGUCUUCGACUCCAUCUCCGCCGGCAUUCUCAUCUAUACCGCUCUCGUCGAGCUGAUGGCGCACGAGUUCAUGUUCAGCCACUCCAUGCGCCAGGCUCCGAUCCGCGACGUCCUCAUCGCCUUCUUCCUCCUUUGUGCCGGCGCUGCCCUCAUGGCGGUGCUUGGCAAAUGGGCCUAA